ACUGCUGGCGACAGCGAUGUGCAUCGGUUUCCUCUGUCCACAGUCACCGCUGCACCACAGGCGGUGCGACCUGGUCACUGGACAAUGUCGCUUGUAGGACACGUAGUUUCCCUUAGAUAUGCGGAAGAUAUUUGCAUGCGGAGUCCGGAAUAUGGAUUAAGAUGCCUUCAUUCAUUUUAAGCGUUCGCGGCGGAAAGUAUGUGAAACAGCAGCAGCCAGCCUGUUCUACUUCACGGUCUCCCAGGUCGCAUCCCGCCUCUUCUCAAUGACAUGGCGUGAAUUUACUGUUUGUAGUUACUCCGCAGUAUGUGUGAUCGACCAGUGGUUUGUGCAGAAGAUUUAUCCCCUCCUGAAGUGCAGCUACCAAUAGAAAUAUGGGAAAUUAUAUUGAAAAAGUUACCAGCGCCGGACCUUCUGAAAGCUGCCUCAGUUUGCAGUCAGUGGAGACAUCUAGCGAGAGGGUUAUGUCGGGAAAGAUGUCAGCGACUGCCGCCUCGUUUACUGUCGGAAUUACAUCAUGAACAUCUCACAAGCUGUGCCUCCGUCGUCUAUCAUUCUGCUACGCCUUCAGCCUCGCCUUCGCCCCUGCCUGACGAGGACAUUUCGGAGCAGUCCGCCCCUGCGUUGGGUCAACAUGAACACAAUCCAAGCAGUAUUUCGGGAUUGGAGAAAGGAAGUUCACCCUUCUCAGACAGAUCCAGUGGAGGCUCAUCUGGGGAGGACGAACACAUAGACUGGCUAGCUCUGACUGCUAUGCUGCAUCAAACGGACCUCACUUCUGAACCUCAAUGCUGUUUUGUCACUCACCAGCUCGAGAACGUUACACACUUGGCUUGUGCAGGUUCAUUUGUCGUGGCAGUUUCAUGGAAUUCUGACAGCUCUUCAUGUAUGAUAUACGUGGUCGAGGACAGUGGCGAGGGAGACCACUGUUGGCAGCACCACAUUGCAGGGCGCGUUCACAAGGUGUGUGUCAUUGAAACACCAGGGAACCCUCCAAUAUUGGCUGUAUGUGUAGACAGAGAACUCCAGUGUUAUCUUCUCAGAACUCAUUUACAAACUCUGGCUCCUCUGUCAGUUUUGCCAACAAUAACUGUUGACUCCAGGUUAUGUUGUGAUGGGUCUACCCUUGUUGUAUCAGACCUCGUUGGACUUCAGCAGCUCGCCCUAUAUGAAGCAGUGCCUUUUCUUCGGGAAGGCAAGGUAGAACUGAUCCUUAAAGGACGUAUCCAGACCAGCUCGCCUCCUAUAUACUGGGACCUCUGGAAUGGUUUUGUAACAGCUGUGGUAUCUGGUGGUUAUGUUUCCUCAUACACAGUGACAGGAAAUCUAGUAGCAGAAUCUCCACUCUAUAAGGAUUUGCGGUAUCCUAAUCCAACUAUUCUUACCAGAGGUCUUGUCUUUGCUUCCACAAUCACAUCAAGAACCCUGUUGUCCUACUGGCACAUGGACCGAGACAGGGACUACUGGCUUCUAUGUGAAAGUGUGUUGGCAAGCUGGGUCAAGAGAGGCCGGAAAGGUGUGGGUAACACAAGUGUAGUAAAACGGGGUCACUUGGGUUCAGGAAGCCAAAGUCCAGUUCUUGAGAUGCCACCAGUAGCCGUUUUGCCUGAGAAACCAGAAUCACAUAUACAAGCCUUUCCAGAGUCUUCAAGCAUAUGCAUCUUGACGUUGGCUAAAAUAAGAGUGGGAAAAGUUUUAGCAUUGGAGACAACAGCCAUACACUACAAAAGAGGACUCGUCUUCUGUGGCACAAGUCAAGGACAUCUUUUGGUGUACCAACUUCUCAUGAGAAACAAGACAAAAGGUACCCUCAUUGACUGGACUGUUUUGGAGAACCUCCCACCUAUACUUACCUUGUCAGUGUCUUCUCGUCCUGUGUCUAGAGUGGUGUCCUAUUUUCAUGAACAGUUUGUAGUUGUUGCUGUAGGGGACAGGAAUGGAAACUGCUUUAUAAUUUCUAUUCCGACUGUUGAAUAUGCCUCUCGUGCUUAAUUCUGAUAUCUGUAACUUAUGGCUGUGAUUUUUCCUUGCUUUAUUGGUUUUGUUAUUUGUAUUUUAGUAUAAUACAAACAAAAUGUAUAGGAUAUUGUUUUUUAAAUGUUUAGGUAGUUCAUGUAAGAAUUCAUCUCACAAGAUGCUCAUCCUUUUGUAUUCAGUAGUUUUUAAGUUUAUCUCUCCUGUUUAGAUAUCUUCUCUGUAGUAAACUUAUGAGAAGUAUUAUUUGCAAAAUUGGGGGCACUAAUGCAGAAAAUGGAAACAGGAAGAUAUUCAGUCAGAUAUUAUUAUGCACAACACAGCAAACUAUACUCUUUUUUAUCAAGGCAUAGGUGCACUCUUCAGGUCGCUGAUAACUGAGAACAGGUUCACAGGCUGGUAAUGAUGAUUAUUUGAUAACUGAGUGAAUCCUAAAUGCAUCUUUGUCUCAAUAAACAAAUUGAAUUCUGUAUACGAACAUAGGGUUAGAAUGAAAUAUAAAAAUUUGAAUUGAAAUGUGGGCUUGUUAGCCUUGAGUGAAACAGCAUUUCUAUUGCAGCUAAAAAAUUCAGCAUAUUAAACAUCAUAUUGAAUAUAAAAAAUAUCCAAUAUAGCCAAAAAAAGAAAGCAAAAACAUUUAUUUUAUAAAAAAAAGUUUUCAUUCAUAGCAGUUUUGUUAUAUUGAUAAUAGCCUUCACUUUAGAUGAGUCAAGGACAUAGAUCCCUAUUUUAAUGACCUUUUUUUUUUUUUUUUUUUUUUUUUUUUCCAAAAAUGAAAAUAAAGGUAUAUUUGAUAUGUAUGUUACCAAACUUUUGGAAGAGUGAUAAUGUAUUGUAUGGACAUGGUAGCAUUUAAUGAUGAUUGAAUAAUUAAUAUAUAUUCAAUUAUCUAAAAGGAAUUAAAAAAUAACUUGCUAUAAAGUACUGUGAAUUGAUACACCAGGAUUCCUUGAUUAAUAAUUCACUUUGCUUGUAGAAUAGUGUCAUAUUUAAGGUAUGAGAGAGUAUUAUAUUCUUGAUACUACAAACACACUUCUUUUCUAUAUUACUGCAUUGCAACGAAUCGUUUUUACAACUGAAUUUUGUGAAAGACUGUAUGUUGACUAAUCUGCAAAUGAUUUUCAAAUUGUUUAAGUUCAUAAAGUGUGUGAGUUCACUAUAUGACAGACUCACCUCUUUACCAACAAGAAAUUUAUAAUUUUUUUUUACUUUCAUCAAAUGUUAUUCCCUUAUUCCCUUAUUAAAUGAGAGAGAAGGAACAUGUAUUAAGUAUUUAGAUUAAAUGUUACAAUUAGCAAUGUGCUCAAUCUACCCUUCUCUAUUAUUCAGUAGACCUGAAUACAAUGUACCAAAAAAAAAGAGUUUCCAUAACCUAACACUGAAUAAACUGUCCCAUAAAAUGA